ACCCGAGAGUCGCUGCAAGUGCAAGAUGGCGACUGCGGCCGCUGCAUCGGCUUCGGAACCAGAGGCUGAGCCGAAGGCUGCGCCCAAGGCUGAGGGAGAGGAGGAUGAGAUGAAGGCAGCUAGAACGAGGAGGAAGGUGUUAUCUCGGGCCGUGGCCUCUGCGACGUACAAGACCAUGGGGUCAGCGUGGGACCAGCAGGAGGAAGGCGUGAGUGAGAGCGACGGAGAUGAGUACGCCAUGGCUUCCUCGGCGGAGAGCUCUCCCGGGGAGUACGAAUGGGAGUACGACGAGGAGGAGGAGAAGAACCAGCUGGAGAUCGAGCGUCUGGAGGAGCAGCUGUCUAUCAACGUCUAUGACUACAACUGCCACGUGGACCUGAUCAGGCUGCUGCGGCUGGAAGGGGAGCUCACCAAAGUGAGGAUGGCCCGUCAGAAAAUGAGUGAGAUCUUCCCUUUGACGGAAGAGCUCUGGCUGGAGUGGCUGCACGACGAGAUCAGCAUGGCCCUGGACGGCCUGGACCGAGAGCAUGUGUACGACCUCUUUGAGAAGGCCGUGAAGGAUUACAUCUGUCCUAACAUUUGGCUCGAAUAUGGCCAGUACUCAGUCGGUGGGAUUGGUCAGAAAGGUGGCCUUGAAAAAGUUCGCUCUGUGUUUGAAAGGGCCCUCUCGUCUGUCGGCUUGCACAUGACCAAAGGACUGGCCAUCUGGGAGGCUUACCGGGAGUUUGAGAGUGCGAUCGUGGAAGCUGCCCGGCCUGUAGCUGACUUCCUUUCCCCUUCUGACCGGGAACAAACCUUUGAUUCACAGCUUGAAAAAGUCCACAGUCUGUUCCGGCGACAGCUGGCGAUCCCACUCUAUGAUAUGGAGGCCACAUUUGCAGAGUAUGAAGAAUGGUCAGAAGACCCUAUACCAGAGUCAGUAAUUCAGAACUAUAACAAAGCACUACAGCAGUUGGAGAAAUACAAGCCCUAUGAAGAGUCACUGUUAAAAGCGGAGGCCCCCAGGCUGGCAGAAUACCAAGCUUACAUCGACUUCGAGAUGAAAGUCGGCGAUCCUGCUCGCAUCCAGUUGAUCUUUGAGCGCGCCUUGGUGGAGAACUGCCUUGUCCCAGACUUGUGGAUCCGUUACAGUCAGUACCUUGAUCGGCAGCUGAAAGUAAAGGAUUUGGUUUUAUCUGUACAUAGCCGUGCAGUUCGGAACUGCCCCUGGACUGUGGCGCUGUGGAGUCGGUACCUCUUGGCCAUGGAAAGACACGGAAUUGAGCAUCGAGUGAUUUCUGUGACGUUUGAGAAAGCUCUGAGUGCUGGCUUCAUUCAGGCCACUGAUUAUGUGGAGAUUUGGCAGGCUUACCUUGACUACCUGAGAAGAAGGGUUGAUUUCAAACAAGACUCCAGUAAAGAGCUGGAAGAGUUGAGGUCUGCGUUUACUCGUGCUUUGGAUUAUCUGAAACAGGAAGUGGAAGAGCGUUUCAGCGAGAGUGGAGAUCCAAGCUGCAUGAUCAUGCAGAACUGGGCUAGGAUUGAGGCUCGACUGUGCAAUAAUAUGCAGAAAGCUCGGGAACUCUGGGAUAACAUCAUGACCAAAGGAAACGCCAAGUUUGCCAACAUGUGGCUUGAGUAUUACAACUUGGAGAGGGCACACGGCGACACCCAGCACUGCAGGAAGGCUCUGCACCGGGCCGUCCAGUGCACCAGUGACUACCCAGAGCACGUCUGUGAAGUGUUGCUCACCAUGGAGCGGACAGAAGGAACUUUAGAAGACUGGGACAUAGCUGUCCAGAAAACUGAAACCCGGCUAGCUCGUGUUAACGAGCAGAGAAUAAAGGCCGCAGAGAAGGAAGCAGCCCUUGCCCAGCAAGAGGAAGAAAAGGCUGAACAAUGGAAGAGGAACCGGGCUGAGAAGAAAGCGUUAAAAAAGAAGAAAAAGGCCAGGGGAGCCGACAAACGGGAAGCAGAGGAGGAAGAUGAGAAAGAGUGGGGCGAUGACGAAGGAGAACAGCCUCCCAAACGCAGAAGGCUUGAGAACAGCGUUUCUGCAGCUGGAGAAGCACAAGACCUAGAAGCGGAAACUGGACUCUUUGGGAAAAGUGCCCCCGUAGAUGCCGACUCCCCUUCAAAGCAGAAGGAGAAGGCAGCCGCCCUGAAGAGGGACCUGCCCAAGGUGCUCCAUGACAGCAGUAAGGACAGCAUCACCGUCUUCGUCAGCAACCUGCCCUACAGCAUGGGGGAGCCGGAAGCGAAGCUACGGCCACUCUUUGAGGCCUGUGGGGAGGUGGUCCAGGUCCGCCCCAUCUUCAGUAACCGCGGCGAUUUCCGAGGCUACUGCUAUGUGGAGUUUAAAGAAGAGAAGUCGGCCCUACAGGCGCUGCAGUUGGAUCGGAAGAAUGUAGAAGGGCGACCGAUGUUUGUUUCCCCCUGUGUGGAUAAGAGCAAAAAUCCCGAUUUUAAGGUGUUCAGGUACAGCACUGCCCUGGAGAAACACAAGCUGUUUGUCUCGGGUCUGCCCUUUUCCUGCACCAAAGAGGAACUAGAAGAGAUCUGUAAGGCUCACGGCACCGUGAAGGACAUCAGGCUGGUGACCAACCGGGCUGGCAAACCGAAGGGUCUGGCUUAUGUGGAGUACGAGAAUGAGUCCCAGGCUUCCCAGGCUGUCAUGAAGAUGGACGGCAUGACCAUCAAAGAGAACGUCAUCAAAGUGGCCAUUAGUAAUCCCCCUCAGAGGAAAGUUCCAGAGAAGCCAGAGGCAAGGAGAACACCAGGUGGCCCCAUGAUGCCACGACAGAUAUACGGAGCGCGGGGCAAGGGAAGGACCCAGCUUUCUCUGCUGCCACGUGCCCUGCAACGCCCGGCCACUGCGGCUCCUCAGGCUGAGAAUGGCCCUGGCCCACGGCCCGCAGUCACCGCCUCAGCGGCCACUGAGGCACCCAAGAUGUCCAAUGCAGAUUUUGCCAAGUUGCUUCUGAGAAAGUGAACAGGACUCUGAGAGUCGGGAAAUGCCUUACGUCAUGCUGGCCACGAAGACCAUUGGGUGCCCAACUGUACCCUGGGUGAGGAAGGCCCGCUGCCGCGCCCCCUUCCACAGUUCCUCCUCUGGUUUAGGCAGAAAGGGAGAGGCUGUCCGAGUGAAGCAACUUCAGAGCUCCCUCAUAUUGAGGGCAAUAGGAGGAAAAGGAUCACUCUACAGGUCAGGCAUAGGGUGUAGUUUCCUGCGAUAUUUUUGUGUCUUUAAAGAGUAAGAAAAAGAAGUGAAGCUCGCACACACAGUUUUUGGACCCAAACUGGUCCAGUUGUUUUCGGCCAGCUCUGGCCCCUUUUUCUAAGACACCUCUCCCACACCCUGCACAGCACACGUGCCCGCCACUCUUUUAAUGUUUAAAAGACACAAUGGCAGAUGCUAGGAAUUAAGCAGAAUGGCCUAUUUUGGUAAGAGGGGGCGGGGUAACAGAAGACACAUAAAACAUUUGAUGGAUUUUUGUUCAAGGGGGCUGUGCGUUUUUAUAUUAUGUAUUUGUAAAUGACAUGUCAACCCACUGUUUUAUGUUUCCUAAAAGCAAACUGUUUGUGACAUUUGUUUUGUGUGAGAAUUCUGUGCGCCAGCUGCUGUGGACCAUUUUCUUUGCCUAGUGACUAGUGGAUUGUGUUCUUUGUCGAAACAUUGCAUUUCAGCCCUUCGGUUUUCUUUAAAUACCAUGCCAAGAGCAAAUUUAAAUUCUCCCCAUUUAGCUCUUUGUUUAUGAAACUGAGGUUCUCUUAAAGAUUUCUUGCCACAUGGUACUCAGAUGUACAUUCAAAUAUGGAUGAAUUUUGAGGUGGGUGUACCUUGCUUUACCUAAUAGAUGUGUAAAUAGAACUUUUGUAAGUCAACAUCUGUUGUCCUGGAUUUAAAUCAUUUCAGCUGUGAUGCAGCUUCAAUUUUUUUAAGCUUCAGUUUACAGCAGUUUGAUACUUUAGCUUUCAAGUUUUUUACCCCUCAUCUUUUACCAAAUACUUAAUGCUUUGAAAGCACUGUCACCAGUUGAGCAAGGGAAAUUGACUUUAAAGGUACUCCGGGGGUAGAAAAUAAAAUCAGGGAAUUCUUUUUUUCCCCCUGUGUAUAACUGGGGUAUAGGGUGCAGGGGGUGUAAGGAUUCACCAGAGACAGUGGAGAGCAGAACAGGCGGAUCUACUAAAUUACACUGCUGAGGGGAGCAGCAGGUGAGACAGGAGAGGUCUGCUGUUUGUCAUGUGGGUCCAGCUUCCUGGCCAGGGACUGAACUUAGCGGUAGCAGUGAUAGUGCUGAGACUUAACCCCUAGGCCGCCAGGGAGGCUUGAAUCCUUUCAUAUGUAAUGGAAAUUAGUUCACUUUUCUGUUCUUUAAGUAUUAUGCAUCAGUUAGGCUUUAUAUUUUUUCACUCAGCAUUGUUAAUGGGAAAUUUAAAGUUAAGAAAGUAGACAAAAUAAAAUAAACCCCUGUGUUCCUAUCAGCAUCUUCCCCUCAGCCUGUCUUCCUUCAUCUCUAACCUUGCCUCCUUCCUGGCUGUAUUGAAAGACCUCCCCCCAACACCCCCAGACAGCACUCACCCAGUACUAUGUAGCAUGUAUCCCUCAGAGGUGAGGACAGAGGCCAUAUUGUAUCAUUAUUCCUAGAACCAUUUCCAGUGGCACCUCAGUGUCUUUAUCUAGAUUUCCAAUUUCAUAAAUGUCCAUUUUUCCUCACAAAAGUUAUGAUUGGUUGAUAAACCUCUUAAAUCUUUUAAUACUUGUAGGUUUUCCCCUCUAUCAUCUUGGAAAUGUUCUUUUGCCAGAACAAUAUAAAUAGGGCUGAAGGUCUGAGAGAAUCCUUUCUUUUCCUUAUGAUAAAUGGGGAAUAUCUCUUAAAUAAGACAGCAAAGAGUCAGGCCUUUAUGUAAUAAAAUACUUUAUUAAAAUCAGUAAUUGUUAAACUAGUAUC